ACCGAUCGUUCCUUGCCGCCUUCCGGAACGCCGAGCGCUGCAAAGUACCGCCGCGACGCCGCACCCCGGAAACCCGGAAUCUGCGAGGUUCGUCGCCUGCCGCAGCGUUUCAGUCACCGCGCCGAAGUGCGCGCCGCAGUGUUCGCCGCCGCAGUGCAGUGCCGCCGCGCCGCCCCCGCCCGGCGCCCGUGCAGUGAGUGCGUCCCGGCGCCGUCCGCGUCGCCUGCCCGAUUUCGUCCAGGCGAAUCCCCGUUGAUCUCGUCUGCGCCGGCCAUAUUGCAUACCAGCCCGAGCGAGAGGCCGCCAUCUGAGCGCAGCGCGCUGAAGAAGGAGCGCCGGAGUGUCUUGAGGCCGGUGAACAAGUUCGUGCACGCGGGGCGAGAGGCUGAGGAAUGUUAGAGCACCGCAGCAUCUAACAGACACACGUGUCGGCCGCGCUCUCAAACGGAGCCGAAAUGCUGCACUAGUCCGGGACGACGAACCGGACGAACAAUUGGCGAUGGUGCGAUAGUGACGAUCACUAGUGACAUGUGGCACAGCUGGCUCUUGCUCGUCGGGUGGUUGUGGGUCGCGGGCGCCCAGCCAGGGCCCGGGCCCGGAGACUACUCGGCGCAGAUGCAGUCCAGGGCGGUGGACACGAGGGUCACCCUGGAGAUCAAGGAGAGUCAGCCGAAGGGCACCGUGGUGGGCCGGAUCCCGAUCAAGCCGGGCUUCACCUACCGGUUCAACGAGGCCCCGAGGGAGUUCACCAUGGACCCGAGAAGCGGCGAAAUCCGAACCAACGCCGUUCUGGACAGAGAAAUUUUGAACAACGACAGGUACGACCUAGUGGUACUAUCGAGCCAGCCCACCUACCCCAUCGAAGUGAGGAUACUGGUCAUCGACAUCAACGACAACCCCCCGGAGUUCCCGGAACCGUCAAUCGCCGUUUCCUUUUCUGAAAGCGCCGCCGCCGGAACGCGUCUCUUACUUGACGCCGCCUCCGACAGAGACAUCGGCAUCAACGGCGUCUCCGACGACUACCACAUAAUCGCCGGGAACAACGACGACAAAUUCAAACUCGUCCUCACCGCCAACCCCAGCGGAGAAACCUCUUACUUACACCUAGAAACCACAGGCAAGCUCGACAGGGAGACCCAGGGUGUGUAUUACUUGAACAUUUCGGCCCGCGAUGGCGGUACUCCUCCCAAAUUCGGCUACCUUCAAGUAAACGUGACCAUUCUCGACGUUAAUGACAACCCUCCGAUCUUCGACCACAGUGAUUACAUUGUGUCAUUGAACGAAAGUGUUCCUCCCGGCACUCCGGUACUACAAGUGAUGGCCACAGAUAACGAUCUCGGUGAUAACGCAAAAAUAACGUACUAUCUCGCGGAUACAGAAAGGCAGUUUACUGUUGACCCAGAAACCGGAGUGAUUUCAACCACAGAAACGCUCGAAUGCCCUCAACACAACUGUCCGCAAACCACCAAAUCUUGCUCGAAGAGUUGUGUGUUUACAGUUUUCGCACGAGACCACGGGUCGCCGCGCCAAGAUGGUCGUACUUACGUUACCGUGAACCUGGUGGACGCCAACGACCACGAUCCCGUCAUCAAGUUCCAGUAUUUCCCGUUUAACGCACCUUUUGCCACCGUCGACGAGAACGCGGGCAACGGUUCUGUGGUGGCUGCGGUCUCAGUUGUUGAUCUAGAUGAAGGGUUGAACGGCGAAACCACAGUUCGGAUUGUUUCCGGGAAUGAAUUGAGCCAUUUUCGACUGGAUUAUACACCGAGUUUUGAUAUAGUGAGAGUUAACGGUGUGUUGGACCGCGAAGAGAUAAGCAAGUACAACCUCACCGUAGUAGCUACAGAUAAAGGUACUCCUCCACGUACUGCCACCGCUUUUUUGAUAAUACACGUGAAUGACGUCAACGACCACGAGCCUGUGUUCGAGAAGAGCGAAUAUUCGGCGAUUUUGAGCGAACUGGCACCACCCGGAACGUACGUUGCGGGGAUUACGGCGACGGAUGAGGACACCGGAGUCAACGCCCAAAUUUACUACGCUUUCGUUUCCGGAAACGAACAUCAGUGGUUCGCUAUUAAUUCCGACUCCGGACUGAUAACGACACGCGAGGUUUUGGACCGGGAAGUGCAGGGUACCGUCGAAUUGAACAUCUCGGCGAGAGACGGAGGACCGAAUCCGAAGUGGGCUUACACUCAGUUGAAAGUGACGAUUUUAGACGAGAAUGACGAGGCGCCGGAGUUUUCGCAAUCCAAGUUUAAUGUGAGUUUGUCCGAGAAUGUGCCUCCGGGUACUUUAGUGGCGAUGUUGACGGCCGCUGAUCAUGAUCAAGGUACUAACGGAAGUGUUGCUUAUUCUCUGCAUCCAAUGACACAGCAGCGGUACGACAACACUUUCGCUCUGGAUUCUUUAACGGGACAAUUAACGACACGGAAAAAAUUGGAUCGUGAAGAAAUCAGUCACUAUGAAAUACAUGUCGUUGCUAAAGAUCAAGGAUUACCGCCGCAAUCGUCGACUGCUACCGUUUACUUGAACGUCCUCGACAUCAACGACAACAGCCCGGAGUUCUACCCCCAGAAGUACUUUCUUGCGGUGUCGGAGACCGUCAAGACUGGUAGCUCCCUUUUGAAGGUGACGGUCACCGAUCGAGACGAGGGUGAAAAUGCUAUGAUCACCUACAAGCUAGAAAACGGAGGCGACGGUUUGUUUACUAUCGACGAAUGGACUGGAGUUGUCUCCUUGCGUGGUUCUUUGAAGUCGUCGUCGAAGCCCAUCCACAAACUCAAAAUCUCCGCUAAAGACCACGGCGACAAGCGAGCGUCUGAAGACGCCACUGUUGAAAUAAUCAGAGAACGCGACCUGGAGGAACUCCACUUUGACAACUACGGCAGCUACGAGUUCAAAAUCGUCGAAGACGACACCGAGUGGAAACGUCGCGAUGUUGGCCAAGUUCGCGUGCGCAACCCCGACGCGGUUUACUCCAUCGUCUUCGGCGACCCCAAGCACAACUUCCACAUCGACGAGCACACGGGGAAGAUCACCACGGCGAAGAAGAUCGACCGCGAGCAGACUCUGAUGUACAGUUUGACAAUCAGUGCGCGCGUGGGCUUGGCGUACGGUAAAACUCUUGUCAACAUCGUGGUCUUAGACUUGAAUGACAAUAAACCCGUCUUCUUGCGCGAUAAGGACGAAGUGAAGCUCGCUGAAAACGCUGCUGUCGGACAAGAAGUGUAUCUCGCGCGUGCUAGAGAUCUCGAUGCCGGUAUAAACAGCCGAGUGACAUAUAACCUGAAUUACAAUCCGGACGAUCAAUUCAGGAUUUCCGAAGCCACGGGAGUGAUUUAUUUGAACAGGCCGAUAAGGGCAGAGCCCGGGGCCGUGUUGCAUGUGGAAGUGACAGCGACGGACGGUGGCGAGCCGCCUUUAUCUUCGAAACAUUCGGUCGCGAUAGUGGUGGAGGAUGUUAACGACCACACUCCGGUUUUCGACCACACUUCGUACGAGACGUCCUUGCUGGAGUCGACGCCCGUCAACGAGAGGUUCUUCGCGCUGGCGGCGAGCGACGCCGACUUGGGGGCGAACGGGCGGAUUUCCUACGCCAUCAGUGAAGGCAACGCCGAAGGAAAAUUCGGGGUGUUUCCGGACGGGUUCCUGUACGUCCGACAGAAUUUAGACCGGGAAGACAAGGAUUACUAUUCGCUUUCCGUGACGGCGAGCGACUCCGGGAACCCGUCUCGCUCGUCGGUGGUGCCCGUCGUCAUCCACGUCAUCGACGAGAACGACAACAGUCCUGAAUUCACCAAUUCCACCUUCACCUUCAGCAUUCGCGAGAACGAACCUCCGGAUUCUUUCGUGGGAAAAUUAACAGCGACGGAUCACGACAUCGGGCGUAACGCAGAACUCAUCUUCUCUCUAUCCAACUCGCAGAGCGACUUCGCCAUCGACCCGAAGAACGGUUUCAUCAAGACCCUUCAUGUUUUCGAUCGUGAGGAGCUGGUUCAGAACACCGGCCAGAAUUAUCUGACUCUGGAAGCGGCCGUUACAGACAACGGGAAUCCUCGAUUGCGCGAUAAAGUCAAAGUUAAUGUUCACGUGACGGACGUGAACGACAACCCCCCGAAAUUUCUUCGGACGCCGUACAAGGUUCAAGUGUCGGAAGGUUCAGCGGCGGGCACUCAGGUCAUCAGAUUGUACACGUCGGAUGCCGAUGAAGGGCUCAACGGUGACGUGUUUUACUCGAUCGUGAAGGGGAACGAGGACGGGAGGUUCGCCGUGGAGGAAGCGACGGGGCAGAUUAUGUUGGCGAGGUCCUUGGACAGGGAGACUAUUUCGAGGUAUAGUUUGACCGUGGUGGCGCGUGACGCGGGGUUGUCGAAGCAGCUGAGUUCGACGACUACGGUGGUCGUGGAGGUGCUGGACGAGAACGACAACGCGCCGGAAUUUACGCAGACGGACUCGAAAAUUAGCGUGAUCGAGACGAGUCCGGUGAACACGGAGCUGGUUCAGUUCAGGGCGAGUGAUGCGGACUUGGGGGUGAACAGUGAGGUGGUGUUUUCGAUAAGUGCGGGGAACAGGAAGGACACGUUUCACGUUGACGCUUCGACUGGGAUGUUGUAUUUGCAUAAACCGUUAGAUUACGAGGAGUUGAGUGCUUAUCAGUUGAACAUAACAGCGUCGGAUAAUGGGAAUCCGAGAUUAUCAACGACAAUUUUGUUCGGUAUUGCUGUCGAAGAUGCGAACGAUAAUCCGCCUUCGUUUCCUAGCACGGCGAUAGUCCGCCAGAUCCGCGAAGGCAUUUCUGUACACACCCCCAUAGUCACGGUUACGGCUGAUGACCCCGACUAUGGAAUUAAUGGCAAAGUGACUUACGCCAUAUCGCAGCAAGAGCCGGAAGACGGCAACAGACACUUCGAGAUUAAUCCGGUUACAGGGGUCAUCCACACUCUCUUGCCUAUCGACAGGGAAACUAUUGACACCUUCCGGCUGACGGUUGUAGCGACGGACCAAGCCCAACCCGCCUCGUCUAGACUGUCGGCGAACAAGCUCGUCACAGUCAUCGUCGAGGACGUCAACGACAACGCGCCCGUGUUCGUCUCGAUGAACUCGGCGAUCCUCCCCCAGCCCUCUAGUUUCCCCAAAGAAGGCGCCUUGAUCAUGAACGUCUUCGCCAGGGACCUGGACUCCGCCACAAACGGGCUCGUCACCUACGAACUCGCCAGCGGCAACUCGGAGCUGUUCCGCUUGGAUCAGAGCACCGGGGCGUUGCGCUUACGCAAGUCCAUCUUCAACCCGGAACCCACGUACCGGCUCUCCGUCAAAGCCACCGACGAAGCCGUCCAGAAUGAGCGGAAAAGCAGCGAGGCCUACCUCACCAUCAUCGCGAGCAAUUCCCUCGAGAAAGGCCCGGAAUUCGAGAGCGACUUCUUCACUGGCAGCGUUUACGAGAACGAACCUCCGGGUACGAGCAUCCUAACGGUUUCUGCGAACUUCGACUCCGGUGAAGUGGAAUAUUACGUGACGAACGUGACUGGUGACGGUGCUCAAGUUGACAGAUUGUUCGACAUCGACACCAAACUGGGAGUCGUUUCGACGGCCACUCAACUCGACAGGGAGCAAGGAGUUGACGUGUACGAGGUCGAGGUUUACGCAAUCGUCGCCGGAGGAUCGCCGAAAACCACCAGGACCAAGGUCCAGAUUACCAUCUUGGACAAGAACGACAGCCCUCCCUCCUUCAAGGACACCCCUUUGCACUUCUCCAUCUCCGAGGACCUGGGUCCCGGUCAGUCCGUGGCGACGGUGAAAGCCGACGAUCCCGACACCAUUGGCGAGCUGGAGUACACUUUGAUCAAAGGCGACGACGGGCACUUCCUCCUCGACAAGACCUCGGGAGUCCUCAGCUUGAUCGACUCCCUCGACCGGGAAACCAAAGACGUGUACAAGCUGACGGUGAGGGCCAGCGACGGAAACCAGCACACCGACACCGUCCUGACAGUGCAGAUCACAGAUACCAACGACAACCCCCCGGCGUUCUUGGAGAGCGCCUACUCCUUCGACAUCCCGGAGAACGCGCCGAGGGGCUCCAGAGUGGGCCAAGUCAAGGCCACCGAUCCGGACCUGGGGAUUAACGCUCAUCUCACCUACACGGUCAUCAGCGACUGGGCCAACGACGUCUUCUCCCUCAACCCCCAGACGGGGGUGUUCACACUCACGUCGCGCCUGGACUACGAAGAGGUCCAACACUACAUCCUGGUCGUCCAGGCCCAGGACGCCGGCCACCCGGCUCUCUCCAGCACCCUCACCGUCUACUGCAACGUCCUGGACCUCAACGACAACACGCCCCUCUUCGACCCCAUGUCCUACACCAACGAGAUCUUCGAGAAUGUGAGCGUGGCCACCCCUGUGGUCACCGUCAGCGCUACAGACCUGGACUCCGGAGAGAACGGCAAGAUCGUGUACAGCAUUACGGCGGGAGAUGAACGAGGAGACUUCGAAGUGGUACCCAACGGUACCAUCGUCACUAAGAGGAGUUUGGACAGGGAGCGGCAGGGGCUGUACAACUUGGUGGUGACGGCGACCGAUCAGGCCUUGCCCGUGGAUCAACGUCUGUCGUCUACGGUUCAGGUGACCAUCAUCCUCAAAGACGUCAACGACAUGUCCCCUGAGUUCAUCACCCCUAACGAGACCUCCGUGGCCGAGAACAUCCCCGUCAACACCGUGGUGAUGGCCGUCAAAGCCGUGGACAAAGACGAAGGUCGUAACGGCUACAUCGAAUACUCCCUCUCCAACGACCCCCUCACCUCUGGCAUCUUCUCCCUGGGUCCGGUCGACGGACUGCUGCGCGUCUCCGGCCGCAUCGACCGCGAGACCAAGAGCAACUACACCCUCACCAUCACCGCCCGCGACCGCGGAGACCCUCCUCGCGCUACCCAGACCCAGAUCUUCGUGCGCAUCCUCGACGAGAACGACAACAGCCCCGUGUUCGACCCCAAGCAGUAUAGCGCGUCCAUCGCCGAGAACGCCUCGAUCGGCGCCAGCGUGCUGCAGGUGUCCGCCACCGACGUGGACGACGGCCUCAACGGUCGCGUGCGCUACUCGAUCAGUUCCGGGGACACCAACCGUGACUUCAGCAUCGCAGAAGACACAGGUGUUGUUCGUGUGGCUAAAAACUUGAAUUAUGAAAGGAAAUCGCGGUAUGUGCUGACGGUACGUGCGGAAGACUGCGCUGAGGACAUCAACGGGGACGUGGUGAGGUCCGACACCGCGGAAAUCGUCAUCUCCGUUUCGGAUAUCAACGAUAAUCCGCCCACGUUCUUGGACUCGCCGUAUUUAGCGUACGUCAUGGAGAACACGAUCCCGCCCAACGGAGGGUACGUUAUUACGGUGCAGGCGUACGAUGCCGACACGCCGCCGCUCAACUCGCUGGUGAGGUACUUCAUCAAGGAGGGCAAGCCGGACACGUUCAGGAUCAACGCCUCCACGGGGGAGAUCUCGCUGCUGAGGGCGCUGGACAGGGAGGUGCAGGCGGAGUACACGCUGUCGCUGGGGGCUAUGGACACCGGAUCUCCACCUUUGACCGGAACUGGAACCGUCAAGGUCAUAGUCCAAGACGUCAACGAUCACAGCCCCGAAUUCAGAAGACAAUCCUAUCACGCAACCGUCGCCGAAAACUCUCCACUCUCCACAUGGGUCCUCACACCGACGGCCACAGACAAAGACGUGGGCCUCAACGCCAAAAUACGCUACAGCCUUUUAGGAGACAAAGUCGACAGGUUCAAAGUCGAUCAAGACAGCGGCGUCAUCACCACGUCGGCCAUACUAGACAGAGAAGAAACCGACAUCUACUACUUCACGUUAAUGGCACAAGACUGCUCCGCGACGGACCCUAGAGCAGCAGCUGUCAAUCUAACCAUCACAGUGUCUGACGAAAAUGACAACUCGCCUACUUUCACCUCCACGAAAUACGAAGUCUACAUCUCCGACAAGACCAAAGCGGGACACUUCGUCUUCGGAGCCAAAGCCACAGACGAAGACGUCGGUCUCAACAGCAAAAUCACUUACUCUCUAGCAGGAGAACACGCUAAAAACUUCACCAUAAAUCCAGAGACCGGUGUGAUCAAAGCGUCGCAAGAUCUCUCUCGGUCGUCCACGAACGUCUUCAAUUUAGAAAUCGAAGCGAAGGAUGGUGGGAAAAUCCCGAAGAAGGCUAGCACGGAACUGAGAGUGUUCCUCAAACCGGACCAUCUUUUCCCGUCUUUCACAUCGCCGGCCAAGACUAGGUUCGUUCUUGCGGAAAAUGUUGAAGCGGGGAAGCUAGUGGCGAGGUUCAAGGCUACUUCGCCUAAAAAGGGAGCGGCGAGCAACGUGCGCUUCGCCAUCGCCGGGGGUAACGUAGGCGAAGCCUUGACCAUGGACAAGAACACGGGAGAAGUCCAAGUGGCCGGGAAAGGUCUCGAUUACGAAACGUCUCCACAGUAUGAAGUGUGGAUCGAAGCUAGAGACUCAGACACGCCUCCACUACGAACAGUCUUGCAACUGACCAUCAACGUGACUGACGCCAACGACAACCCCCCGGUCCUCAACAGUCUCCUCUACAACGCGUCCAUCUUAGAAGAAGAAGCUCCACCACAACUGGUGGUCAAAGUUUCAGCGACCGAUGUAGAUUCGGGCGAAAACGGCCAAGUCACCUACAAACUGAUGGAUGAUUUCGAAGGGGCGUUCGAAAUUGACUCGGAAAGUGGAGAAAUCUACACCAAUACACGCCUGGAUCGCGAAGAAACCCCCAACUACGAACUAGUCGUCGAAGCUCUGGACCAAGGGGUCCCUCAGCUCACCGGAACUGCGACGGUUCUUGUCACAGUCCUCGACAAAAACGACAACCCUCCGCGUUUCAGUCGCCUCUUCAGCGUGAACGUCACCGAAAACGCAGACAUCGGCUCCUUCGUCAUCCAGGUCACCAGCUCCGAUAAAGACAUCGGCGAAAACGCCAACGCUACGUAUAGUUUCACAGAAAACCCGGGUGAGAAGUUCAAGAUUGAUUCCAUCAGCGGUAACGUGACCGUCGUCGGUCAUUUAGACCGCGAACAACAAGACGAGUACCUCCUAAAAGUAGCCGCCGUGGAUGGUGCAUGGAAAGCCGAAACUCCUCUCACCAUCACAAUUCAAGAUCAAAACGAUAACGCCCCAGAAUUCGAACACUCGUUCUACAGUUUUAACUUCCCUGAACUUCAGAGAGAUGUUGUUUUCGUUGGGCAAGUCACUGCGACCGAUCGUGAUAAGCAGGGGCCCAAUUCCGUUAUAAGUUAUUCACUGCAGCAGCCAUCCGACCUCUUCACGGUCGAUCCGGCGUCUGGAGAUAUCUUCAGUAAGCGCAGCUUGCGGUAUAAAUACACCCAAUUGGAAUCUUCACCUGAAAAUAUGUAUUCGCUUACGAUUCUGGCCACCGAUAAUGGAAAGCCGCCCAUGUCUUCGGAAUGUUUGGUAACUGUUAACGUUGUGGAUGCGAACAACAACGCGCCGAAAUUCGACGAGUCGGAGUACCUGUCUCCGGUACCACACGACGCUCAUGAAGGACAACUGCUGCUGAAGGUGACGGCGAGAGACGAACAAGACUUUGGCGUGAACGCGGAGAUUCAAUACGCGAUUGUCGCUGGAAAUGGUUCUAAGAACUUCGUUAUCGACAAAUACAACGGGUGGAUAACUCUGACUGAUCCCGUUACUCAAGUGGGCAAAGAAUACAUACUUAGAGUAAGAGCGGUGGAUAGGGGAGUACCGCCUCAGCAAGACGAAGUAACUGUUACGAUGGUGGUAACCGGCGAAAACAAAUACACGCCAGUUUUUACCGCCUUGAGUUACCAAGUGAUCGUACCGGAGAACGAACCGUUAGGUUCCACGAUUUUAACAGUUAGCGCUUCUGAUGGAGACCAAGGGCCUAACGGCAUGAUUCGCUACAAGAUAUCUGAAGGCAACGAAAGGAAAGAGUUUGCCGUCGAUGCCAUUUCAGGGGCUGUUACGAUACUGCAACCUCUAGACUACGACACGAUACAAGAGUACCACCUAAAUAUCACAGCGGAAGAUUUAGGGUUCAAAGCCCAUCAAACCACAGCUAUGCUUACGAUUACUUUGACAGACAUCAAUGACAAUUCACCUACGUUCAAUCAAUCGGUGUACGAAGCCUACGUCUCGGAGAACCUUCCUCCAAACAGCUUCGUUUACCAAGUCAAAGCCACCGAUAUCGACUCUCCCAAAAACGCGAUCAUCCAGUACUCGAUUUCAGAUGGUACCGACAAAGACAUGUUUGCUAUUGAUCAAAAAACUGGUAGAAUAACCGCACGCUAUAGUUUCGACUACGAAGAAAACAACCUCUACACACUAAAUAUAAUGGCAAGCAACCCCGACUCUCCCAUGUUUAGUACCGCGGAGCUUCGCGUCCACGUGAACGGCGUCAAUGAGUACUACCCCAGGUUCAUCCAACCAGCUUUUCACUUUGACGUUUCCGAAUCCACGGAAGUGGGAACACAAAUUGGUACCGUGCAAGCGACCGAUCAAGAUUCAGGGGACGACGGCAAAGUCUACUACCUCUUCGUGGGUUCGAGUAACGAUAAAGGCUUCAAUAUCAAUUCCGAAACUGGAGUUAUAAGCGUGUCCAGGAACCUAGAUCGGGAAACUCAAAGUCGCAUUGUGCUCACAGUCAUGGCUAAAAACGCUGGUGGUAUUCGGGGUAACGACACGGAUGAAGCCCAAGUCAUCGUUGAAGUCCAAGACGGUAAUGACCCGCCUGAGUUCCUCCAAAAUCUGUACGAGGUGGAGAUUUCUGAAGGUGCCAACAUAGGAACGAAAGUCACUAUUGUCAAAGCAGUUGAUAAAGACGUGCGUCCGCAGAAUAACCAGUUUAGUUACUCCAUUAUUGGAGGUAACACGGAACAAGCUUUUAAAAUCGAUCCUCAGUCGGGCGAAAUUGAAACCGCUCGGGUUCUGGAUAGAGAGACGAUUCCGGUGUACUCUUUGGUUGUUGGAGGGAUUGAUACUGGGCUGCCACCUCAAACGGGUACAGCGACUGUCAAGAUCCAUGUCACUGAUAUUAAUGACAACGGGCCCAUAUUCGAUCCUCCUCAAGUUAUCGGAAGAGUUAUGGAAAAUGAACCACCGAAUACCAGAAUAAUGACACUGUCGGCCAAAGACCCAGAUCUACCUCCAAAUGGGGCACCCUUCACCUAUAAGUUGAUAGGAGGCAAACACAAAGAUUAUGUUAGGAUUGAUAAACAUUCAGGGAUGGUUGUUACUACGAAAAUGAUAGACAGGGAGGCAAUUCCUCAGUUGGAUAUUUUGGUGGAAGUGGAAGAUAGUGGUACCCCGAGAAUGAAAUCUCAGCAUAGUGUCACGAUUGAAGUUCUGGAUCAAAAUGAUAGCCCAUCGAGUUCUAGAUCGGUUCAUGUACUAGUCUAUGCGUUCAAUGGGGCUUUCCCUGUUGGUAAAAUCGCAGACGUGCAUCCCAACGAUCUCGACAUUACUGGAGACUAUAAAUGUAAGGUGAUUCAAGGGCCUACCAUUUCUGGGGUACUAUCGGUACCAUCAGGGUGCAAUUUACACGCAUCUAGAGUAACUCCGGGACAAGGUUAUUCACUAUCUGUCUCCGGCAACGACGGCAAACAUUCCGACGUCGUAUCCACAGUCACUGUGGAAUUCGUAAGAUUCACCAACGAAACGGUUGAAAAUUCCAUCACGAUUCGAAUCGGCAACGUCACCAGUCAACAAUUCCUAGCCCAAAGUUACCGAGGUCUUCUCGAUAUCCUCAAAGUAUCCCUCAGUUCCGGUGAAAGUCUCUUCCUGUACGGUCUCCACGACACAGACGAAGGUCUUGAAUUGACAGUAGCUGUCAAAAACGGAAUCACCUACCGCAACAGAGACUACGUCGUCGAAAAGUUAUCCAAAAAACGCGAAAGCAUCGUGAGCCUCUUCCAAACCGCCGACGUGAAAAUCGGUUUCUCUCCCUGCAACGACAACACUUGCGAGAACGGAGGUAUCUGCACCGAAGAAAUCAGCGUCAAACGCAAUACUAAAAUCACCGACAGUCAAAACAUUGUCUUCACUUCUCCCUUGAUCGUGCAUGAAUACAACUGCCAGUGUGCCGACGGUUUCACCGGCAAGAACUGCAACAAACGCCAAGACCCUUGCCAACCCAACCCCUGCAAAUCCGGCGGUCAGUGCCGCCGUCAAGGUUUCAACUUCCACUGCAUUUGCCCUCCUUCCAAAGACGGCAGGUACUGCGAAAUGGAACGCGGGGACGCUUGCUCGGAAAAUCCUUGCCAGAACGGUGGUUCCUGCCGGGAAAGUCCGGACGGUUCUUCCUUCUUCUGUUUGUGUCGUCCCGGCUACCGCGGCAACCAAUGCGAAGCCCUUGCUGAUUCUUGCAGGCCCAACCCUUGCCUUCACGGCGGACUUUGCGUCAGCUUGAAGCCCGGGUACAAGUGUAGUUGCACGGAUGGCCGCUACGGAAGACAUUGCGAGAAGUCCACGUUCGGCUUCCAGGAACUGUCGUACAUGGCGUUCCCGUCGCUAGACGCCGCCACCAACGACAUCACUUUCAUCUUUUCGACAACGAAGCCGAACUCCUUGCUCGUGUACAACUACGGCUUGCAGACUGGUGGCCGCAGCGACUUCGUGGCUGUUGAAUUAGUGAACGGACGUGCCGUUUUUUCCUUCGGCGGUGCCAGAACGGCUGUAACGUCCAUCAGCGUCGGAGGCAAGAACAACAACCUGGCCGAUGGCAGCUGGCACAAGAUCAUCGCGACUAGGAACGGCCGAGUGGUGUCAUUAAGUGUCGCUCCAUGUAUGGAACACGGUGAUGUAUGUGAAGAAUGCCGUCCCGGUGACAAUUCUUGUUACGCUGAUGAUAUUGGACCGGCGGGGACUUUGAACUUCAACAAUCAGCUUCUGCUGAUUGGCGGUUUGAACAGCGCCGAUCCCGUUCUGGAGCGUCCGGGCCAAAUCCACUCCGACGACCUGGUGGGGUGCGUGCACAGCGUGUCCGUGAACGGGAGACUCCUCAAUCUCACGCACCCUCUGCAAGCGGAGGGUAUUCAGAACACGUGCGCACGAAGAGGCUCGUGUGCGGCGGUUUCCUCGGAUCCGUGUCUCGGGUUCGGGACUUGUCUGGACCGGUGGAGCUCGGUUAGUUGCACCUGCGGCAGCAACCUCGUCGCACCGAAUUGUCACAGCGCCCUCCAACCAGUCAGUCUCAGCGACGGUGCUUUCGUGGAAUUCGCCAUCUCGAAGAAGCACAAAAGGAUGCAGUUGCUGGAAUCGUUGUACGGGGGUUCAACCCUGUGGAAGAGGCGCAAACGGUCGAAUGACUCUCCCGCGAAAAGUGUCAGUUUGUUGUUCAGGACGGUACAGACGAAGGGUGUGAUCUUUUACGCCACCAGCAAUAAACAAUAUACCUCAGUAGAACUAAUCAACGGUCAAAUCGUGUACAUAAGUAAAUUGUCGAGUAGUGUUAAUAUGACUGAUAGCCAUGCCAGCGUGACGGAUGGGCAUUGGCAUAACAUAACCCUUCACUCGCACAGUCGUGGACUUGAGAUACUUCUCGACGGUGUCCGAUUAGGCGACGAACUAGACACAGCAGGAGUUCACGAUUUCCUAGAUCCAUACCUCACGUACUUGUCCGUGGGGGGUGCUCAACGCAAUUUCUAUUACGCCCGCGAUUCGGUUCCGCAACCAUUCGAAGGUUGCGUAACCAACUUCACGAUCAACAACGAAAUCCAACCGUUUAAUGGAUCCGGAAGCAUCUUCCAUGAAGUAGUCUUCAAAGGGAAAGUUCUGAGAGAAUGCAACGGGGUUAUCGGAGUCGGAGCUGCGCCCUCUACGGAUCCCCUCAGCAUCGGAAUCACCCUCGUCAUCGUUUUCUUUGUGGUGUUACUUGUUGCCAUAUUAGUUUCGUUCGUAGUUUUUAGAUUGAGAAAACAACACAAAGAAAAAGGAGGGGCUCCGGGAAGCCCGUCCGGAAUGCACAGUAAACAGAACGGGGGCACAACCAUGAUGAGUACCAACGGAUUGAACACCGUCAACGACAACGUACUAGGUCGAGGGUUGCACACCGCUGAUAACUCCAUGGGGUACCACUCGGAGAAUGGAGACGUGAUACGAGGCAUUGGCGGCCAUCCCUUGGUAGGUCCCGAACUGUUAUCGAAGAAGUACAAAGAGAGGGACAUCGGUCAAGGGGAGCUGCCGAGACCGCAGAGACCCGACAUUAUCGAAAGAGAGGUGGUCAGCAAGAGUAUCCCGAUGAGGGAAGAGCACCACCCGCCACUCCCACCUACGACUAACCACAGCCACGACCACGGACCCAACGACCUAAACUCCGAAAUCCCCGAACACUACGACUUGGAGAAUGCAAGUUCCAUUGCGCCCUCAGACAUCGACGUGGUGUACCACUACAAAGGAUACAGGGAGGCAGGAGGGGUUCGGAAAUAUAAAGCGACGCCUCCUCCGGUGGCGGGUUACCACCACAAGCACACAGGUGCGCAAGCGCAAGCCCAACACCGCCACUCACCUCACCACCCCACGGGGUACCCUCCUCGAGCUCCCCCCGUCACUAGUCCCAGUUCGAGGCCCCACCAAAGCACUCCCUUGGCUCGUCUGAGCCCCAGCAGCGAGAUGAGCGCCCAGCAACCGCGCAUCUUGACUCUGCACGACAUCAGCGGGAAGCCCCUCCAGAGCGCCCUGUUGGCAACGACGUCCAGCUCGGGGGGCGUCGGGAAAGACGUCCUCCACAGCAACAGCGAGAGGAGUCUCAACAGUCCCGUGAUGUCGCAGCUCAGCGGGCAAAGUUCCAGUAGUCGGAAAGCGGCGGCUCCUCCUCCCGUCUCGAACCCCUCGAGCGGAAUGGGCUUGACUGCCGAAGAGAUCGAAAGACUUAACUCGAGACCUCGGACUUCCAGUCUAGUGUCGACUCUAGACGCCGUUUCUAGUUCGAGCGAGGCGCCUCGAGGGGGCGGCAACAACCACCUCAAUCACCUCCACCACUCGCCGGUGCCGGCGACGCACCACAGCUCCACCACGACGGACGAAAGCGGGAACGACAGUUUCACGUGCUCGGAGAUAGAGUACGACAACGCCAGUCUGGCGGGGGACAAGUAUAAGUCCAACGAGCCGGAUUCGAGGAGGAACGAUUCCAGUUCGGGUAGUAAGAACAAUAUACCUCUGCCGUCGUACGACGGGUUCGAUUCUUCGUACAGGGGCUCGAUGAGCACGCUGGUGGCGUCCGACGACGAGCUGGAGGGACCGCUGUACAGGCCGUCGACGGGGUCGCCGUCCACGACAGGGUUGGGUUGGGACUUCUAUCUCAACUGGAACCCCAACUUCCAGAGCUUAGCGGGUGUGUUCAAAGACAUUGCCGAGUUACCUGACUCUGUGAAUGGAAGGGUGCCAUCCUCGUUAAGGCUGACGAAUGCGCCCAAGCCUUCCGAGGAAUAUGUAUAGUUUAUAGUGCCGUAUUCAAAGACUUAUUAAAUCAAUUUUAACGAAGCAGUAAACCUUGUAUCAAGGAUUUUGUAAUUUCUUGCCAUAUUUUUGUAAUUUUUUAUGUAAAUUAAUUUAGCAUUAAAUGAUGCGUCCUCCUAUCCUUAAGACUUGUGUACAUAGUUUUUUACUAAAAAGUCCAACAGUGUAGA